AUGGCUCCAGGUGCAGCCCAGACCCUCGGCAUCAGCAUGGUCUUUGAUGGUCUCAGGAGCCACAGACCCUGGGCGAGAUCCUGUGUGACUGUGGCCCCGCAGACCUGCGCCAUCAGCCUACAAAUAUAUGCUGCUGCCUCAGAGAGUCAGUUGAUGCGGGUCCUGCGCUUGCACCACACAGUCAUGUACAUCUUCUAUGGGCUCCUGGGUGUGACCAGAAUCUUAGGCUCUACCACUAAUUGUCUUCCAGUCUCCCUAACCAAGCUGGCACUGUCGAACGCUUUCCUGGUGCAGGCUUUUAUCAUGUACAACCACACACAUGGCCGGGUUGUAGUGGACAUUUUUUUGCACAAGAUCCUGGCUCUUGCCACAGUUUUGACAGGCGUGGUUUCCUUCAUGGAGGUCCUCACAAAGAAUAACAUAACUCUGGAGCUGCUGCGGUCGAGUCUCAUCUUGCUCCAAGGGACUUGGUUAUGGCACAUGGGGUUUGUUCUCUAUAACCCGACUGGAGGUUUUGAAUGGGAUCUGACAGAUCAUCACAGCAAUAUGCUUCUCACUGUGUAUUUUUGUUGGCAUUAUGCAUUUGCCUAUAUCAUCAUUGGAGUGAACUACGCUGUUAUCACUUGGUUGGUUAAAUGGAGAUGUAGGAAGUUCUGCUCCAUGCAAAUUCCACUCCUGAAAAAUUCUGGGCAAGAACAAGAAUCAGAAGAGAUGUGA